AUGCAUCAGCCGCCGGCGUCAUUCUGGCCGCCUAGGAAGGAAACGCAAUCAAGGAGCCACUUCGAAGAUCUCAACUGUUCCUUGGGUCAAACGCAACCCGUCUCGGCCUUAACAGAGCUGCUGUCGCGCGAUAUGGGUGCGCUUAUACAUAUGGUCGUGUUUUUGGUCGACGAUCUUUCUUGUACAGCCGAUUUAUUUGAGUUCCUCGCUUCAUGGACACGACACUCGCAGCCACAGCGCACAAAUUCCAGCUACGGCAGUCCGACCUUCUGCAGGACGGUCUUGAUGAGGCUCUCGGAGUAUACAUGGAGAACCCAGCGCACGGUCGAUUCCACACGGAGCUGGUCGCAGUCUGAUACGCAAGCUAUGUUCCGGAAUGCUUCUGAAAGUGUUCACACCCUUAAUAGUUCUACGGAUACCUCGGUGGCCAUCUUCAGGCACUAUCGCCGUAUUUCAGGGAAGCGCAGAGAUAUCGGAUGCGGCUUUUCGCCUCUGAUAGCAAAGUUGUUGAUGAAGUCAGCUAUCUCUAGCUUCAACACGGGUGUCCUUGAGCAGCUAGACCCGAUUCAUACUAUUCGAAGAUUAGAUCCGGUAAUGAACCAGAUAUCAGUGCAUGUUGCUGCGCUAGCCAAGACUUGCGAGGCUGGUGAGGACCAAUCUCUGGCUGCUGCUAUCGCAUCCGCACUGCAUGCAGAUGGCUACUCACUCAACGGACACAGGCAGACUUCUCUACCACCAAGCAUUCCUGGUACAUCUAGAGGAUCACAGGCCUAUUAUGUACUUAGAGAACCCCCUGUCUGGUUUUACCUACCAUCUGUCCUCGAAUCACUAUCCGCAGAUCCGGCGGACUAUAGCUUCCAACAGAAGCGCUAUGUGCCGAUCUUUGAGCGCGCGGAGCAACGAAUGGCGGGCCGGCGACUGUUUGUGCUGGAUACGGGUAACUUUGGGUUCUGCAGCGGCCCUGUUGAAGUUGGGGACAUCGCUGUCUAUGCUGAGCACUUCACAAACAGUCUGAUGCUGCGUCCAGCCUGUCAGCGCCUCCACCGAGCAGGCCGUUUGUGCAAUGGCAGUCCAUGGUCACACGCCAGCGCUGAUGAGGGUGACGAAUCCAUGCAGACUCAUCUGUUGGUGGACUAUCCAUACAUCAAUGGGCUUCACAGCGACAUCACGGCGGAUAACUACUUUUUCGAAGAACUGAACGGAAAGGAGGAAACAAUCAUUGUCCUGGGAUAG